AUGUUGUCCGGCCCGACAACCUGCCAAUCAGAGAACACCCUAAGACCAGGUCGUAGAGCUUGCGCCAUGGCUACCCGGCCCGCGGCGCAUGCUAUAUUGGCUCGACGUAACCUCAAAGCCUUAGACGAGAGAGAAUGUCUCGGUGGCUAAGUCCUCAUCCCGCUUACCGUCGACUAAUUCCCCAGCCAUCACAUCUGAUACAUAUGCGUCCCCAAUCAAUUCGAAAUGCUUCCCUGUCUCUCUCAAAACAAAGCAAAGCGAUCCCCCAAGGAAGAUGCACACCAAGUCCCCAGGUUUGGCUCCAGAGGGUCCGACAAUGAAGUGACCAGUGUCAGUCACGCCGAAUGCCCGAUUACUGACCACUUUA